CAGAAAAUCUGCGAAAUGAGGGGAAUUAUACACCAUUCAUUCUCUCCAGCUAAUCAAACCUCUCGUUCGUUCCAUCGCGCGACGGCGUUAGAAAAAUCAAAUAUCGCCCUUAAAUUGUUUGCACUUGCGCAUAGAAACGUAGAGUAUAUUUUAUCGCCACGUGAUCCAAGCAACCAAUUGCGUCACGUUGCCAUGCGCAUUGCGAAGAAUAGAAUUCUGCUUCUCCAGCUUUUGUAUACAUUGGUCUCCAUGGUAACCAAUGUCAAAACAAUGUGUCAUUAGUACCGAGUUCUCGGCGCAUUUCAUGCUUCUGCAUUAACAAUAUGCAAGUUCUGAAGCUGGUCGUGGUGGGACCGGUUGGGGCUGGUAAGAGCACGAUUUCGAAUUUUCUCGCCGAUGCCACGGAAAUGUCACCGGAGUACAGACCGACGAAGGGCGUUCGAAUUUUGGAGUUCGAAGCUCAGAAUUGCGGCACAAAAGCGGCUCGACUUAAGGUCGACAUCGAACUUUGGGACUGUAGCGGUGAUCAUAAGUAUGAGUUUUGUUGGCCCGCUAUGAGAAGAGACGCGCAUGGUGUCAUUUUCGUAUAUAAUGAAAAAUCUCAAGAUUACCCGCGAGAGCUGGAACAGCUGUACGAUUACUUUGUCAAUCAAACCAGACUCGGGCCCAAUGCUUGCGUGGUGCUGUAUUUCGAUCCCGAGAACGAUUCACCCGAAGCUCCCAAAAAAUUACCGUCUACGUUCGCUAAAGUUGCUCAGGUGAGCUGCAACGUACAGGAAAGUGGGGAGAAAUUAAAACGGGAUUUCCAAUCGUAUUUGGGCACCCUUGUGACGAGACUGCAGGAGCACACCGAUCAAGAAGAGAACAACAUCGUAGAGGACAAUAUUCUUCUCGUUAAGUGAGACCAGGUGGAGCCCGUUAGGAAGUUAUCG